AUGGCUUACUAUUCCACCACCACUCCGACUCCUUCCUUCUUGUUAUUCUUCUUUCCAACUCUUGCAGCGUUUCUUUGGUCGCUUCUCUUCUUCUCUUCUUCAUCUGCUGCUUAUGCAACUACAACUGGGCUCGUCUCUCUUCAGUUGUCAUCAAGUGAAGCAGAGGCUCUCCUCAAAUGGAAAGCCACUCUCCUAAGCUACUCUGUUGCUGCUCUCGAUUCUUGGAAGCUUACUACUACAUCAUCACCAUCUCCCAACACUACCAGUACUAAUACCACUUCAUCAUCAUGCAACUGGUUUGGCAUAACUUGCAACAAAGUUGGAAGCGUGGUUGAGAUUAACCUUCCCGAAACAGAGCUGCAAGGUACGCUUGACAACUUCACUUUCUCUUCAUUUCCUAAUCUCCUCCGUCUCAAUCUCAGCCUCAAUGAACUCACAGGACCCAUACCCGAGCAUGUUGGUAGUCUCUCCAAACUCACCCACCUCGAUCUCUCCUAUAAUAAUCUUUCCAGCGUUAUACCUCCCACCUUGAGUAAUUUAAGCAGCCUACAAUUCUUAGACCUCGAUUACAAUGAUAUCAAUGGCACGAUACCAUUAGAGCUAGGAAAUAUGAACAGUCUGGUUGUAUUGUCACUGGGAUGGAAUAAAUUAACCGGUAUGAUUCCCCCUGUCCUGGCUAAUUUAAGCAACAUUCGCUUUCUGUACCUGCAUAACAUUGAACUCAGUGGUCCAAUACCAUCAGAACUGUUAGGGUUUAGGGUUUAA